CCGCGGCCGAGGAGGCCGAGGUGGCCGGCGGCCCCUUGCCCGUCCGAGCCAAGCGGGCCGCCGGCGGCCAUGUGCUCGUCUGCCCGCCGAUAAGUACCUCCAUCCAUCACAGCAGCCUCCUGCCCAUCUCGCUGCCUUUCUGAGCGCUUUCUUUUUUCCUUCUAUUUCUGUCUUGAGCCCGUCCGUCUGUCUGCCCGCUUUGAAGAAAGAACUACUCUUUUAAUUUUGUCGUCAUUGAUCUUCGCCUCCACCCCUAGUCGGCUACUUGUAAGACACCCCCAAGAUGCCAGCGACAGCCGUCACCCCGCCCGAAGCAGCCGCCGCCCGCCCCAUCUCCAAGGCCCUCUACGUCGGCCCCUUUGUGCACAGCGUCUCACUGCAGGACCUCGACAUCUGCGCCACCGGCGCCAUCGGCGUCGAUGAGAACGGCAUCAUUGCCUUUGUCGAGCGGGACGUCCAGAAUUCUGAUGCUGCUGCCGCACAGCUCCUCGGUGCAAAGGGAGGGGACUGGCCCGGCGCGCGCGUCGUCCGCAUCCGGCACGCGGCUGGCUUCUUCUUCCCCGGCUUCAUAGACACGCACAUCCACGCCUCACAAUACCCCAACGCCGGCCUCUUCGGCACGAGCACCCUCCUCGACUGGCUAACAACCUACACCUUCCCCGCCGAAUCCUCGCUCUCGUCGCUCCCCCUCGCCCAUCGCGUCUACUCGCGCUGCGUCGCCCGUACCCUCAGCCACGGCACCACCACGGCAGCCUACUACGCGACGAUCCACGUGCCGGCCACCGCACUGCUCGCCCGGCUCUGCCUCGCCGCCGGCCAGCGCGCCUUCGUCGGCCGCGUCUGCAUGGACGCCCCCGCCCCGCGCUGCCCAGACUGGUACCGCGACGCCGACAGCGCCGCCGCGCUCGCAGCCACGCACGACGCCAUCGCCGCCGUGCAAGCACUAGACGCCGGCCGCGGCCUUGUCGCCCCGAUCCUGACGCCCCGCUUUGCGCCCGCGUGCGAGCGCGACACCCUCGCCGCACUGGGGCAGCUGCUGCAGCGCUCGCCGGGCCUGCUGGCGCAGACGCACGUGGCCGAGAACGCGGGCGAGAUUGCGUGGGUGAAGGAAUUGUUUCCCGAGGCGGCGCACUACGUCGACGUAUAUGGGCGGGCGGGGCUGCUGGGGCCGCGCACCGUGCUCGCGCACGCAGUGCACGUUUCUGCGGAGGAGCGGGCGGAGCUGGCGCGCACGGGGACAAAGGUCGCGCAUUGUCCGGCGAGCAAUACGGCGCUGGGGUCUGGGGCUGCGGGGGUGAGGAGGCUGCUGGAUGCGGGCGUGACGGUGGGGCUGGGGACCGAUGUUAGUGCUGGGGCAAGCGUGAGCGUGUUGGAGGCUGUGAGGCAUGCGGUUUGGGCGUCGCGGCAUCGUGCGAUUAUGGAUGCGGAGGAGGUGGCGAGUGGAGCGAGCGGUGCAAGCAAAGAGAGCAGCGGCAAACAAAACGGCCACACCGAAACCGACAGCAGCAGCUGCUGCAACGGCAACGGCAACGCCGACCCCGACCGCGCCAAGCUCACGCACGCCGAAGCGCUGUACCUCGCGACGCGGGGCGGGGCCGCCGUGCUCUCGCUCGCCGACAAGGUGGGCGGGUUCGCGGUGGGCAUGGAGUGGGAUGCGCAGAUGGUGGGGCUGAAUGCCCUUGCCUCUAGCCCUACAACCACAGAAGGGGAGAUGGGGGGGGUGGGGGAUACAGGAGAUCUUGAUAUACCCGUCGACGUCUUCGGCACCGAGUCGCUGGCCGACUGCGUCGCGAAGUGGGUGUAUGGUGGCGAUGAGCGGAACACGCUCGCGGUGUGGGUGCGGGGGAGGGCGGUGCGCGUUAGGCAGGGGGUUGUUGUCUGAGCGAGCUAAUAGCGAGCGAGGAGGGGAGGGAGGGGUGUGGGUGUGGGUGUGUGGAAAAGGGUCUAGGGUUUUAGAUGGUGUAGAUGCACGCAUGCAUGCCCGACUUUAGGUAGUAAACGACCUAUGUACGCCCUCAAAGCGCGCACAACCUAAAGUACGUCUCAACCGGCUGGGAGGUUGUCAUGACGCCUGAAAUGUUCAUCCUUGAUUUCGG